CUUUAUAUCGUUUGGCUCUUUCAACUUCAUUACUUCAUGGAUAUUUAUUAUAAGACUAGACAAGACUGAAGGUGGCGCCUUAUUCUGAACAAGGAAUACAGCGGUGGCCUUAUCGUUCCCGAUCUUCGCCAUAUCCGAUCCGGUUCUUCGCCGACCCACCGUUGGGAGAAUAAAUUUCGUUUUGUUUACGCCUUUUUCUCACCUCAACGUCACUUUGUAUCUGCUACCAGUCCAGCAAGAACAUCCGCUCAUCCAACCCUUUCGAUAUGCCUUGGUUGUCUGUUCGGUGAGAAUCGAUCGCACUGAUUCACGCACAAUGGACCCCACCAUCACUCGCGAGCUGUCGCGACUGGACCCCGCUGUUCCUUUUCGCGCGUCCACCGAUCACCUGCAUCACACCUGGGCCAAGACCUUCUACUCGCGUCCUGAGCUGUACAUCCGCCCGCAGUCCAUUGAGGAGAUACAGAAGGUCGUGAAUCUAGCGCGUCGUUGUCGCCGCCGUCUUGUCACAGUCGGCAGCGGUCAUUCGCCAUCCGAUUUGACCUGCACUUCUUCCUGGAUCGUCAAUCUCGAUGACUUCAGCCGUGUGCUGCAAGUUGAUCGCGAAAAGAGUGUCGUUACCGUGCAGGCUGGUAUUCGUCUGAAAAAUCUAGGGAAGGAAUUGGCAAAACACGGGUUGACCCUUUCAAAUCUGGGCAGCAUCGACAGCCAGUCUGUGGCGGGUGUCAUUGCAACGGGUACCCAUGGCAGUUCGCUUCAGCAUGGCUUGAUCUCAGAGUGUAUCCUGUCGCUCUCUUUGGUACUUGCCAACGGGCAGUUGGUGAGAUGCAGCGCGACCACUAACCCGUCCCUUUUUCGCGCGGCACUAGUCUCCUUGGGUGCACUGGGGAUCGUUGUAGAGGUCACUAUCCAGACAGAGCCGUUGUUCAACGUCGCCUGGCAACAAUCCAGGCAGAAAUUGUCAAGUGUGCUGGCCAAGUGGUCUUCCGGCCUUUGGACGUCUCACGAGUUUGUCCGCGUCUGGUGGUUGCCGUAUGAGAAAAGUGCUAUUGUCUGGCAUGCAGAUAAGACGGACCUCCCGUUGCGGCCUCCUCCGAAGACGUUUUAUGGCGGGCUUAUUGGGAACGCUAUUUACCAUAACCUUUUGGCGGCUUCGACUUAUUUCCCCUGGAUCCUUCCCUGGGUGGAGUGGUUCAUCUUUGGCAUGCAAUAUGGAUUCAGAGAUGGAGCAGUGGUUGCUGAAGCCGUGGAACCCGCGCGCGAAGGGCUUUUGAUGAAUUGCCUAUAUUCCCAGUUUGUCAAUGAAUGGGCCAUGCCUCUGGAAAAGGGGCCGGAGGCCAUCACUCGUCUGUCUGCGUGGCUGCAUGGGGAUGUCGCGACUGCUCAAAUUCCGUUCCCGGCUGACCGAUUGUGGGUUCACUGUCCGAUCGAAGUGAGAGUGUCAGAUACAACUCUGAACAAAAACCCUCGUCCAUUUCUCGAUCCGACUUGCACAGAUGGGCCGACACUAUACCUCAACGCGACUCUCUACCGCCCCUACCACCGGGAUCCCCCUGGCGUAGACCGGUACUAUGAGGCCUUCGAAUGGCUCAUGCGCGAGAUGGGCGCUAAACCGCACUGGGCCAAAAACUUCCACACAACCUGUGCUCGUGAACUAGGACAGUGGUACGGCAAGGACAUGGAUGAAUAUCUCUCAGUCCGGAGAGAGGUCGAUCCCGACGGCAUGUUUCUUGGUGAAUGGCAUCAUCGUAAUCUCCCCAUUGACGUCCCGAAGACAGAUUCAGACAACUCCGCAGAGCAACAGAUGGACACUCUCCCGCUUCAGGAGCGUGAGAGGGCUCGCCAUAAACUUGGGGUCCGUGGUGCGGGUGAUGGAAUCGAAUGGAUCGGGGAUAGACGGUGGCGCUCGGAUACGUCCGUGUCAACAGCUAAAGAGAAAGGGGAAACGACGAAGGAAGACGAAAAUGACGCCUCUCGGGAGCAGAGUCCUAGUCCUCCCAUGACAGCUACAAGCGAGGAGAGCUUCGACCUUCUUGUCAAGGGGGAAGCGAGUGUUGUUCUUCCAGCGUCCCGUUCCUGAAUGGAGAUUCCUUGACUCUCAGGGGCUCGGACCCUUCUCUAUUAUUGUAUAGUGCAGUCCAUCAGUUAGUGGGUCACUCCGCAAUCUUUUGACAGAUUCCUUUGUCACACUUUUAUUGAUGUUUUUGAACUAUUUCCCCUAUCUAUUUGCAAUUGUUUGCUAUCAGCAAGUUGUUACGAAGUCGGUGCUCCCAGCAUAGCACAUCCAUCUAUCCAUACGCACAUACGCCUGCAUGCGUGUAUGCACAAGAGUCUGACCGCUGACUUGGACAGUCAAAAACCAUUUGUUUGAGCGAGUCUGGGCAAAUUUGGGCAGGUGACAUGAUCUCAAUGCAGUACGUACUUAUUUAAUUGCAAACUGGCGAUUGGACCCCAUUCAUCAAGGCGUACACUGCGUACAGUUGCAAUGCUGUCAAUGCACAUAGCAUAUGUCAACAAAAUGUAUUGGCCAUGAAUAUAGGACAGUAAAUAUAUACGAGUCUCCAUAUCUGCAGGCAAUAAUCCCACGUAACCAGCCAGGCUCUGAUUCGGGGAGAUGUGUCGCAUUCGCG